AAAUAAUAGUAAGCCUUUUUCAAAUAUAAAAGUGUUGUAAUUAAUAUAAAAAGGAUGUUAAAAGAAAAAUGUUGCGAUUAAUAUGAAAUAAAGAGAGUGUUGUGAUUAUGCGACUCAAAAUCUAAAUUUUUUGACAUCUCUAGGCUGUGGCCUGGGCUGUAGCGCACAGUUGAGUUGGUUUAAAAAAAAUAAAAAAAGAAGGCUUCUCCGAAAAAUUGGUGAAAACUAAAGAGGAGGAGCGGGAAGUUAAACCCUACACUACGGUGGCCGAGAAAUUAGAGACAGAGAAAAAAAAAAUGGAGAAAACAGUGGCGACAUUGGAGACUGGAACUGUAUGUUCUGCUUGGAAUUACAACGCUCAAAGAUUAGCUACUGGUUCUAUCAAUGGCCUCCUCACUAUCUUCGAUUCUCCUGACCCUGCUUCUUCUUCACCCUUCUCUCCUUCUUCCUCCUUUCAGGUACAUGAGAGUAGCAUUGUGAAGGUGUUAUGGGUUCCUCCAGAGUAUGGAGAUGCUGUCGCGUGCGUUUUGGAUGAUGGUACUUUGUCAUUGUGGGAAGAAGUCGCAGGAGAUGGGCAAUCGCUUCAGUGGAAGAUUUGCACUAAGUUUCUGAAUAAAAAUGCCCGUGUAUUAGAUAUCCAAUUUGGAGGUUCCUCUACUUGUUUGAAGUUGGUUGCUGCAUAUUCAGAUGGUUAUGUCAAAGUCUAUGAGCUUCAUAAUCCCUUGGACCUGAACACUUGGCAACUUCAGGCCGAGUUCCAGAAUGUUAUUGACUCGGUAUCUAAAUUUGCAAAAGCUUCAUGCUUAUCAGCAUCCAUAUCGUGGAUUCCACAAAAAGGUGAAAGCCAGCAAUUGAGCUUUGUUCUGGGGUUCAAUUCAGAUAUACCACAACUCAAUUCUUCGAAGGUCUGGGAGUUUGAUCAAUUACAUCAAAGGUGGUUUACUGUUGCUGAGUUAGCUUUACCUGAAAACAGAGGUGAUCCAGUGCAUGCUGUUGCUUGGGCUCCAAAUAUUUGCAGGCCGUAUGAAAUAAUCUCUGUUGCAACUCAAAUGGGUAUAGCAAUAUGGCAUGUUGGUUUGAACCCUGAUGUUGACGGGCAUCUCUCGGUUGAGAAGUUAGCUUUGCUAUCAGGUCACCACGGCGAGGUAUGGCAAACGGAAUGGGACAUGAGCGGAAUGACAUUGGCAACCACUGGUAGUGAUGGGGUGGUCAGGCUGUGGCAAUCUAAUCUGAAUGGUGUCUGGCAUGAACAGGCAGUCUUGGAACCUACUUCGUAAUCUUGUAACCGUCCCCUGUAUUACGGAGUAUCUCAGUUGACCUGCAGGGCCGUAUUAUAUUGUUAGAGUGCUGUAUGUUUUGGAUUGGCCUGAAAUUUGGCUGGCAUUCUUUUGGCAACCAAAUUCUAGAGAAGAUUAUAUCAAAAUUAUGCCUCAUUUUGUGACAGAUGUGAGUAGAUGAUAGAAUUUUUGAAAUACUGUAGAGGUUUUUCGUGAGUCUUGCAGUCUUGGCUAUUUGUAUUGCAUCUUACCUACAGUAGUUGCUAAUACUUGUAAUACUCAUUUUGUAGAGGUUUUAACAAGCCGUUUUCGUUUUAGCAA